UUCUUUCCUCAGUCAAUUACACAACAAAAACAAAGUGUGUUUCAGAACUACAGAAUAUACGCCCUAAACUUCCUAUCUAACGGCGCCAAAAACACCAAAUAAAUACUACUUUCUCCAUUCGCCCCCUUUUUAGUUUUUUCCCAAACAUUUCUUUCUUUCAUCUUUUUGAUCACACUUGUUUUUAUUUUUAUCUCUCCUCAACUUCUGCGCGCAAAUUUGCUCAAGCGUCAUCGAUCAUGGAGGAUCCAACAAUUGCGCUUCAUCCUCCUCAGAAUUCCAAGAAGAGAUUGUUUGCAGGAAGUAGUAGUUCGUCGUUUGUUGAACCUGAUGUGAUCGAAAUUCCACCUCCAAAAACUUGGAAAUCGAACAAGCAAAAAUCGAUUGUCGAUUGCGAGUUAAUUUUGCUUGAUGAUGAAGACCCCGAUGAUGUUGUUAUUAUUGACGAGAAAGUUGGCCCUAAUGCCAAAGGGAAGAGACCAAUGCUUAAUUAUGCUCCUCGAGAUAAGGUGCCUGCCAAUAGUGGAAGUCCUUUCAUAUUAUUGGAAGACCUAGGGCAUGGGAGUUCAGGUGCUAGUGUAUCUUUCAUAGAUGACGACUUUGAGUUUGUUGGGAUGGAUCUUUCUGAUACGUUCUAUGAUAACGAGUGCGCAAUGCUGCAAGCUCAUUUUGAUAAUGUAGACAUUCCAUCUGGCGUGGAAGUGACAGUCCCUUGCUGGCCAUUUCCAGUAGGAAGUGAGCAACAGUCUCUUACUGCAAGUGGCUCUUCUGUAUUUGGCACACAACAGAAUUCUACUGUUGGGGCUUCUGAUGUGGAUCAGUAUCAGCCAUGGUAUUACCAUAAUCCUUCAUCAUUUAACAAUUCUGUAUCGAAAUAUGCUUUUCAUGACUCAAAACUUCCUACCUCUGGACUUGCAACUGACCCAAGCUCCUAUGCUCAAACUAAUGAUUUAAUUCUGCCGAAGCUAGAGUGGUCACUCGCACCUGGUUCUCAAGUCAUUACAAAACCUUUUGUGUCUCACGUAACUAACGCUAGUUCAACUAGUACAUUUGUUCCUAAGAAAAUGCUAGGUUCAUUUGCACACGCUCCUUCAGUCAGACUUGAUGAUGAUAUUGCUGCGCAUAUAUCACCGCCGGUUUCUCAUGGGGAUGGAAAUUGUGGUGAAAAUUCUUUUGUGAAGAAGCUGGAACGUUUCAAGAUAUUUGAUACUUUAGAGGAUCAUUCAGGUCAUUUGUAUUCUGACAAGAGAGAGUCUUGUAAUCAGUCCAAAAGUUGGGUAAAUAAAAUUGCAGAUGAAUGGAGAAUGCUGGAAAGAGAUUUGCCAGCUACAAUUUUUGUCAGAGUUUAUGAAGCUAGGAUGGAUCUGUUGAGGGCGGCAAUUGUUGGAGCUGAUGGUACUCCAUAUCAUGAUGGCCUCUUCUUUUUUGAUGUUAAUUUCCCUCUCACCUAUCCAAAUACGCCACCAUUGGUGAAGUACCAUGCACAUGGCCUUCGUAUUAACCCUAAUUUAUAUAAUUCUGGGAAAGUAUGUCUAAGUCUUUUGGGCACUUGGAGUGGCAGCAGAGAAGAAAAUUGGCGUCCUGGCAAGUCAAAUAUGCUACAAGUCCUCCUCUCAAUACAAGGGCUCAUCUUAAAUGCUGAGCCAUAUUAUAAUGAACCCGGAUAUGAGAGACAUAAUAACAGGCGACAUGGCAAACAUCAAUCUAAGAAUUACAGUGAAAAUGCAUUGCUCUUGUCCUUGAAAACAAUGCUUUACACAAUGAGAAAUCCACCAAAGUGCUUUGAAGACCUUGUAUUUGGGCAUUUCUAUACACAUGCCCAUGAUAUACUGGCUGCAUGUACAGCAUACUUAAAUGGUGCCGAGGUUGGGAGUUUUGACAAAACAAAGAGUCCAUCUGCCGAGGUGAAGAAGGGCUUCAAAUGCUCUGAUUUGCUUAAGAUGAAUUUGCCAACUUAUAUCAAGUCACUUGUUGAAGCUUUUACCAAAAUCGGCGUCGAUGAUUGUGAGAAGUAUUUAGUUCCUAUUAAUGAGAGUACCGACCAACCAACCAAAGUAGCUUCGUCAUCUCGUAGAAAGAGAAAAGUUCUUAUACGCAAGGGUCCUGAGCAUAUUUUGUGAGGGAGGAAGUGCAACACCAGCAAACCUUAAAUCAAGAGACCUGUUGUUGGAUCAGGAAAUUCACGGUACAUAUUCUAACUAAUUCUCUUUUGAUGAUGUUGCAUAUAGGCGCAUCACACAUGUAACAUGAGGGGGAGAAGAGGGGGGGGGGGUAGCAGGUAGCUUAAUGCCUGAUGUAGCCCGACUGAAUCGGUUGGACAGUUGGAGCAGCGGAGAAGGGGUUUAUAGUGUUUUUUUCCAACAUUUGUUAGCAGGAUAUGUCAUUAAAAUGAUUAUCCAAGAUCAUUAAAUUUUUGGAGAGCUACCUCACCUCUUGUAGUUGUAGAUGGAUACAUGGAACAACAAAGUUAAUGUUAAUCAUUUAUAAGUUGUUAUUGAA